AUGUCUACAUCCACGAUCCCGAAGCUCGCUGAGGUAGAUAGCUUGACGAUCCAGGCAAUAAUCAAUGAUGAGAUUGAUCAGAUUUCUCCGUCGCCGCACCCUGCCGUCAAACACCCCCAAUCGUUCCUAGGAGCUCCAUUACGGCCUCUCCCGACGGACGUGCAGCGAGGCGGCGCCAAGCUGCAAAUGAGAAUGGAUACCCUCUGCUGCGGCGCUCACGGACUGUCACUUUUAAUAACAGUGACCAAGGACGGCAAGUCCCAUAGUCUGCUAUUCGACACCGGGCCAGAGGAGGCCGUGUGGGAGAGCAAUAUGACAAGACUAGGCUUAGAUCCAAGCACAAUCGAACGAAUCGUGCUGUCGCAUUGGCAUCGCGAUCACUCAGGCGGGAUGGCCACUGCAGUCCGGAUGAUCGAAGCAGCCAAGACAGGCUUGGAUCAUACUGAAAAAGUCGUAGUGGAUCUACACCCCGAUCGACCCGAAUUCCGAGGUGUCAUGGCCCACGAGCCAAUCUCUCUCGAGCCUGAUCCAAGCUUCACCGAGAUCGAAGAGGCGGGCGCCACUGUGUUUAAGAGCGAUGAGGUACAUACGGCGCUAGACGACACAUUUUUGAUCUCUGGGUCUAUUCCAAGACUUACCUCCUACGAAGGUGGCAUUCCCAACGGCAUCCGCCUCAAUUCAGCAGGCCAAUGGGAGAAAGACGAGCUUAUCAUGGACGAACGAUUGGUCAUGUGUAAUUUGAAGGGCCGAGGUCUAGUCGUAUUCACUGGAUGCAGCCACGCUGGCGUAGUCAAUGUCUCGCGUCAUGCGAUCGAGCUUGGAGGCGGCGUCCCUCUGUACACCGUCGUAGGUGGCUACCACCUAGCUGACGGCAGCCCGGAAAAGCUACAGAAGUCGCUCGAGGACCUAAAAGCUCUUGAGCCAAAGGUUUUGAUGCCUGGCCAUUGCACGGGUUGGAGAUUCAAAGUUGCAAUCGAAAAGGAGAUGCCGGGAUGCAUGGCCCCUAUUUUCGGCGGCACGAGAUAUGAACUUGUUUGA